UGUAUAUGAGCGUGUGAGCGCCGUGUCCCUCCCUCCAGCCACCCCACCCCCGGGGAGGGGAGGGCUGGAGGGGAGGGGGGCUCCGACGGCUCGCCUCGCUCCGGCAGCCCCAGUCUCUCCGGCAAACGUCAGGGAGGUCAUUAAUAACCAAUUAGGAGGGUCAAUGAAGCUCAUAUAUAGCCGGGCGGGAGCCGCCGAGCCGCACGGAGCCCGGCCGCCGCCUCGCCCCCAUGAUGGGCUCGGUGCUGCCCGCCGAAGCCCUGGUGCUCAAACCCGGGCUGAAGCCGCAGGGGCUGGCCCUGGCCGAGGUGAUCACGUCGGACAUCCUGCACAGCUUCCUCUACGGCCGCUGGCGGAACGUGCUGGGCGAGCAGCUCUUCGAGGAGAAGAGCGGCCCCAAAACCGCCUUCACGGCCGAGGUCCUGGCGCAGUCCUUCUCCGGAGAGGUGCAGAAGCUGUCCAGCCUGGUGCUGCCGUCGGAGGUGAUCAUCGCGCAGAGCUCCAUCCCCGGCGAAGGGCUCGGCAUCUUCUCCAAGACGUGGAUCAAGGCGGGCACCGAAAUGGGGCCCUUCACGGGCAGGGUCAUCUCGCCCGAGCACGUGGACCUGUGCAAGAACAACAACCUCAUGUGGGAGGUCUUCAACGAGGACGGCACGGUGCGGUACUUCAUCGAUGCCAGCCAGGAGGACCACCGCAGCUGGAUGACCUACAUCAAAUGUGCCCGGAACGAGCAGGAGCAGAACCUGGAGGUGGUGCAGAUCGGGAACAGCAUCUUCUACAAGGCCAUUGAGAUGAUUCCUCCGGAUCAGGAGCUGCUGGUCUGGUACGGGAACUCCCACAACACCUUCCUGGGCAUCCCGGGCGUGCCGGGGCUGGAAGAGGAGCAGAAGAAGAACAAGCAUGAGGAUUUCCACGCGGUGGAGACGGGGGCCAGCACGACCGGGCGCAUGCGCUGCGUCAUCUGCCACCGCGGCUUCAACUCCCGCAGCAACCUGCGCUCCCACAUGCGCAUCCACACCCUGGACAAGCCCUUCGUGUGCCGCUUCUGCAACCGCCGCUUCAGCCAGUCCUCCACCCUCCGCAACCACGUCCGCUUGCACACCGGCGAGCGGCCCUACAAGUGCCAGGUUUGCCAAAGUGCCUACUCCCAGCUCGCCGGGCUGCGGGCACACCAGAAAAGCGCCCGCCACCGGCCCCCCAACGCCUCCCUGCAGGCUCACUCCCCUGCCCUGCCCGUGCCCCAUCCUGCCUCCCUGGCCCAUCACAUCCCCACCAUGGUGCUGUGAGCCCCGGCACGGCAGCGGGUUUUCGGAAAGCCGCUGCCAACGGGCAAAAGACUGGCGCUGAGACAUGCAAAAAGCCGGGGGCCCUUGGCAGAGCUGGGGGGCAGAGGCAGGGCUGCUUUGCGUGGUGAGCAGGGCACUGGUUUCGUUUUGGAGCAUCGCCGCGUGCGUGGGGUUUGGUGGGAGGGGAGACAGGGACCCCCCCCAGCUCUGCGGGCUGCACCUUGCUGGGUGCUCCCCGAGGGGGUGCGAUAGAGGGUGAGCUGCUUGUCCCCGGGGCUGGCAGGGGGACAGGGGCGAAGGGAUGGUGCAUCCACGGGCAGGGCACGGCGCGGCGUCUCGUGGAUUUGCUGGUGCGCUACGGGCGGGCUGGGGCAGCCUCAAGGCUGUGCCUGGAUGAAUCGCGCCUGGGUUUUGCAGACAAUUUGGUGGAAAGACGAAUUGCUCUUGCCCCUUCUUUCUGCCCCAGCAAGUGCCCAGCAGAGAGACGUGGCACGGCCCUGCUGGGGCCAUCAGCUUUCUCUCUGGUGGCCCUUCCCAAGGGACAGAUUUCCCUCCUGGGGAGCCCUGGUUCAGCAAACGGUCGUGUUUCCCCCUGAGCUGCAUUCAGCCUCCCUGCCUGCCUUCCUCCAGCCCCAGCCGUGCGCUGGGGUUCGCCCAGCGCCUGCGGGUGAUGGGGUUGGGGUGCCGUGCUGGAGGGGACAAGCCAAGGGACGCGCCCAGCACGACGUGCCCACCGGGAAUGCCCAUCCACGGGCAGGUUUCGUGGGGUGCUGCUCCAGCAUCGCUCCCCAUCGCUCCCUGCAGCCGUGAGGGAACAUUUCGCUGUUCCGUCUGCUGCCCUCUGGGGACAGAAAACCCGUCCCUGGGCCAGCUCCGUCCCCAAGGACAACUCUAAGCGCCCUCUGGAGUCCUGCCACAUGCGAGAGGAGCUGUGUAUCAUAAAGCUUGAAAGAAGGUAUUCUAAUAUUAAUUAUAAGUCUAAGAUGUAUAAAGUUCUCACAAACUGUGUUUUACUUCCAGAAAAAAAAAAAAGAAAAAAAACCUGUCACUUUAACUUUGUAAAUA